AAUCUGCUUCAUAAUAUCAACGACCGGUCACCCAACCAGCCGGUUCUCUCUAUCAGAGAGAUAAUGUUUAUAUAUUCCGACUUCUCUUAGAAUGGGCUCAUAGUCGUAUGUUCCUCCCCACGUCGCAUCCCUCUCUUUCUCUCCAUGUGCCGUUAGAAUCCCGGAGUCGGCCGUGAUUUCUUCUCCGACCUUCAUUUUACCGCCGAUUAUAUGAACAAUGCCACUUGGAUAGCUUCCCGCCCACGCCUUCUUUCCUGAGCCGCUUCCUCUUUCUCCAACUUAUUCCGUCGUUUUUGGAGGCAGUGGAGGACCUUCUGAUUCCGUUUCGCUUCUCUUUUGUUCUGCGUUAGAAUCCUCGUUCUUCGAAGCUCUCUGGCUUUUUGCUUACAUUACCUGUUGAUGUGCUUUCCAUCGGAUCGAUUUCUCAUUCGAAUUCAUCUCCGGGAAGAAAAAUACUGGUGAUGUUUAGGAUAAUAUAGUAUAAACUGCAGCAGUAAAAGGGAGGAUACGAAAAUCAGAUUCCACACGAAGAUCAACCACCAUGUUCGACCUUAAUCUGAAUGCCGAUUCGACUGAUGCCUCUCGUAACGAUGAACUCAUCAGGUUCUCUGACGAGCUAACGGAAGCCUCAGGGAAUCAAAUGGCGAAAUCGGGGACUUCCAAUUCCUCUAAUGUCUAUGCUGACGGGUCCAGCAAUGGAGGAGAUGAGGACUCCUGCUCUACACGCGGUGGGGACGCCUUCACCUUUAAUUUCGAUAUCCUUAAGGAGGAAGGCGUGCAAGAAGUCGCAACCAAGGAGCUAUUUCUGUUUAAUGAAACUAAAGGGGUGGACGGCGAGUCUGCGAAUUGGCAGGGUCAGUCCUUGUCUGCCCUUCCAUCGAGAAAGAGCUGGAUGAGUCUUUCCUUUGAUCAUCAGGUUGGUAACGGAGAGAUGAAGAUGGUCCAAGUUCAGCAACAACCACGACAGCAAGUAAAGAAGAGCAGAAGGGGUCCAAGGUCUCGGAGCUCGCAGUACAGAGGGGUCACCUUUUACAGAAGGACUGGAAGAUGGGAAUCGCAUAUCUGGGAUUGCGGGAAGCAAGUCUAUUUGGGUGGUUUUGAUACUGCUCAUGCCGCUGCCAGAGCCUACGACCGUGCUGCUAUUAAGUUCAGGGGAGUUGAUGCUGACAUCAAUUUCAAUCUCAAUGAUUACGAGGAGGAUCUUAAGCAGACGAAAAAUCUCACCAAAGAGGAAUUCGUACACAUACUUCGUCGCCAGAGUACUGGUUUCUCAAGGGGGAGCUCAAAAUACCGAGGAGUAACACUGCACAAGUGUGGUCGCUGGGAGGCUCGAAUGGGACAAUUCCUUGGCAAAAAGUAUAUAUAUCUUGGGCUAUUCGACAGCGAAGUAGAAGCUGCAAGGGCUUAUGAUAAGGCAGCUAUCAAAUGCAACGGAAGGGAGGCAGUGACCAACUUUGAACUAAGAACAUACGAAGGGGAGAUGAAGCCUGAGGUCAUUACUGAAGGUGGCGGUCAUAAUCUUGACCUCAAAUUGGGCAUAGCUACACCAGGCAGUGGCCUAGAAGAAAAUAGGGGCCUUCAGUUGCAACCUAUCCCUUACAACAUGCUAACUGGAAGAAGUUCAAGGAUGGAUAUCAAUAUUGAUUCAGCAAAUGGUGAUCCAUCGCUGAAAAGGCCAGUUGGUACUGAGGAGCGUCCUUUUGCAUGGAAUGGCGUCUAUCCUGGUUUCUUUCCUAACCAGGAAAGGGUUAAGAGAAUCAGUAGAGAUCAUUCACAAGGACUGCCUCAAUGGGGCUGGCAAACGCAAGGCCAGGUUCCUGCUACGCCAUUACCACCGUUCUCUACUGCAGCAUCAUCAGGAUUCUCAAUUUCAGCUACCAUUCCAUUGGCUACCAUCUUUCCAACAAAAUCUCUGAGCUUGACCUCAGUUCCCCGUGAUAUCUGUUUUGAUCCAUCUAGUGCAGCCGGAGGCAACACAACUCAACAUUGCCAGAUGAAGUCCCCGCACGCAGCCCCCUAGCCUCAGCCUCUCUUAUAAUAAUGAUAUAGAUGAAAAAAACAAACCCCUCAAAAAUGUUUGCGAUCUAAUUGCUUUGUAUAAUUCAGUUACUGAUCGACGUAUAAUUUGAGAUCUGACUCGUGAUUGAUAACUCUUGGCUAAACAAUUAUGGUCCAGUUUGGACCACCUCCGAAGGAGAUGCUAAUGCCCCCCCCCCCAAUGCACUAGUGCUCUAGCGUUACAAAAUAACCAGUCUUGUUUCUUUUAAGCUUUCAUAUUAGGAUUUGAUUUGUUUGAUCAAGCUUCAAAAUGGAGAAUGUUUGACAUUGGCCUCUAUGUGGAACAACAUGUGUUU